UUGGGUUGGCACGUUUAUCAAGCGCGUCGGAUAUUGGCGGAUUUUUGCCGACGACAUCGCAGCUAUCGCGUUAUGGAGUCCAGUCACACUUGAGCUAGCCCACGUUUCCCUUACUUUCCACAGCACAAUCUGGACUAUCUUGCUUUUGAAUUCCCGACAAAACAUCCUUGCAAUCACCGGAGACCUUUCUGAUUUAAAAUGCGACGCUCUAGCGUGCUCGGCCAGUGCCGAUUCGCUGCGCGUCGCUGGUCGAUGCAGCCUCGCCUUGGAGCGCCUAUCGCCGGCCUCGCCGCAAGCUCCAACGCCGUGCGAUAUGGUGGAAGAGCGUUCCACGUCUCUGCAACUGUUGCCUCAAAGCCGAAGGGUUCGUUGGGUGUGGACCCCAAGAAGCUCCAGGAGCCGAGUGAUGCAUCAAGCAAGCUGUUCUCCGAGUUCGCCUUUGCCUUCGAUAUCGAUGGUGUCUUGUAUCAAGGCCGGGAUCGCGUGGAAGGAGCUGAGAAGGUGAUUAAGAUGAUCAGGAGCAACGGGAUACGAUACGUGUUCCUAACAAACGGAGGCGGCGUGUCUGAGAACAAAAAGGCAGAUACGCUGCAAGAGCGACUUCAACUUGGCAAGCAUGAUGAUGUUAUACGCGGAAGAAUGAUCCUUUCCCAUACGCCAAUGAGCGCUUGGGAUGAAUCCCUCAAGAAUAACGGCACGGUGCUAAUCACAGGCUCUCACCCUGAGCAAGCCCGCCAGAUUGCCCUUGAUUACGGUUUUAAACGUGUCGUUACCCCCGGCGACAUCCUGGCAGCAUGCAGAGACGUGUACCCUUUCGAGCUCACCAAAGACGGGCUUCACGGCAAACACGUCCCUUUGCCGGAUGGAAAGAGAAUGCUGAACCUGGCUGAUCCUUACACGACUGACAUCCCCGAGGACGCUCUGAAGAUUGAUCAGAUCUUCAUUUGGAAUGACCCCCGGGAUUGGUCAGUGGACACACAAAUCAUCCAUGAUCUCCUGAUUUCGCACAAGGGCUACUUCGGCACAUUGUCAAGGAAGAACGGCGACAAGUCGCUGCCCAACAAUGGAUGGCAGCAGGACGGCCAACCCGGGCUAUGGAUAUCCAACAUGGAUCUCCUUUGGAAAACUAAUUAUCCUCUUAACCGGUUCGGCACCGGCGCUUUCAUGGAGGCACUCAAGGGGCUGUGGUCAACAACGACAGGUGGGAUGGAGCUGCAGUUCGACGCACUGGGUAAGCCGUCUAACCAUACCUACAAGUACGCCCAUGACCGGCUCCUUAAGUACUACCACGACAUGGCUUGCCACCGCGGGCAAGCAGACAAAGACCAUGAUGCCACCAAGUGCCACCCCCUACGCCGAGUGUACAUGAUUGGUGACAACCCGGAGAGUGACAUCCGCGGCGCAAACGACUUCAAUGCCGACGAUGGCACCGAGUGGAUUCCUAUCCUAGUACGAACAGGUGUCUGGCGUCAGACGGCAACGGAGCAAGAGCCACGACACAAGCCGGCGGUCAUUGUUGAUGACGUAGUAGAUGCGGUAGUGUGGGCACUCAACAACGAAGGCAUGAAGGCGUCCAGAGAAUGGCUUUUGUCGGCUUUGUCUCACACCAAGGGCUAUAUCAAGUUGCCGGAAUUGGAGGGACAGCAUCAUCCUGGUAGUUCGGGCGAAAACCCAUCGUUACAUCCGAGCGUGAAGGAAGCCUCGGAAGCGAACCUUUGAGGCAAUGAGGUUCACCGAAGUGUCUCUCG